AGAUGCUGCAGGUUCACAUCCCGUCGGUGGGGCCCGAGGCCGAGGGGCCACGGCAGAGCCCCGAAAAAGCCCACAUGGUGUUCCGAGUGGAGGUACUGUGGCGCGGGCGCAGGCACACCGUGCUUCGGCGCUACAGCGAGUUCCACGCGCUGCAUAAGCGGAUCAAGAAACUGUACAGAGUGCCCGACUUUCCCUCCAAACGGCUGCCCAACUGGAGGACCCGAGGCCUGGAACAGCGCCGGCAGGGCCUGGAAGCCUACAUCCAGGGCGUCUUGUAUCUGAACCAGGAGGUGCCCAAGGACUUACUGGAGUUCCUGAGGCUUCGGCACUUCCCCACGGACCCCAAGGCUGGCAGCUGGGGCACCCUGGGGGAGUUCCUGCCUGGAGACAGCAGCUCACAGCUGCACCACCGGCCGGUUGUCAGCUUCCAGAAGGACCCCUAUGUCUGUGCCCCUUCCCCAGCAGCACCUCUGGCUGACGUCGUGGUGAGUGGAGUUCUCCAGGGACUCUACGGCUUCAGCAUCAGCUCUGCCUCAACCCUGCCGGAAACCGCCGCUGCUCUGCCGCCCACACCUUGAGCAGCUGCCUGCUGGCACGGUCGUGUGCCUGGGCCCGAAGUGCUCAUCCUCCUCUGGCCUGAGCCUGGGGCUUUGCCCAGAACGCUCAAGCCAACUCCUGUGCCCAGGGCAAGGAGCAGGGGCUGUUGACGACUGCAAGGUGGGCUCUGACAAGGCAGGCUAGAAGUAGGUGGCAAGCAGCUCCCAGACUGAGGCACAGCAGGCAGUAGAUUUGAAGCCUUUGCUGGAACAGCUUGACAAAAGGUCGUGGCAGGGGCCAGGCACUCACUGCAGACCUGGGCAGGCACUGCAGGCCCAAGAACCCAGCCCACACACGGAAUACAAAAAAAGCCCCUUUUUAAUUG